AACACUUAUCUCUUUUCUCUCUUCCCGGUGCUCCUUUACAAUGGGAGGCGUCACCGUCGUGUCUCUCGUCUUUCUUCUCAUUGCCACCGCCAGUUCCGCCGCUGUCCCCUUCCGUGACGGUAUGUUACCGAACGGUGACUUCGAGCUAGGACCAAAACCAUCAGACUUGAAAGGAACCGAAGUAAUAAACAAGAUGGCAAUCCCGAACUGGGAAGUGACAGGAUUCGUCGAGUACAUAAGCUCAGGACACAAACAAGGAGACAUGCUUCUCGUUGUCCCCGCAGGAAAGUUCGCAGUCCGGCUCGGAAACGAAGCGUCCAUCAAACAAAGACUUAAAGUGGUGAAAGGAAUGUAUUACUCUCUCACUUUCAGCGCCGCGAGGACUUGCGCUCAAGACGAGAGGCUCAACAUCUCCGUGGCACCUGACUCUGGGGUCAUUCCUGUGCAGACGGUGUAUAGUAGCAGUGGGUGGGAUCUAUACGCUUGGGCGUUUCAGGCGGAAAGUGAGGUUGCUGAGAUAGUGAUUCAUAAUCCAGGUGAAGAAGAGGAUCCAGCUUGUGGUCCUCUCAUUGAUGGUGUUGCCAUGAGAGCUCUUUACCCUCCCCGACCAACAAACAAGAACAUUUUGAAGAACGGAGGAUUUGAAGAAGGUCCACUAGUACUACCAGGCUCAACCACAGGAGUUUUAAUCCCACCGUUCAUAGAAGACGACCACUCUCCUCUACCCGGUUGGAUGGUUGAGUCUCUCAAAGCCGUCAAGUACGUAGACACAGAACACUUCUCAAUCCCACAAGGUCGCCGAGCCAUCGAGCUAGUAGCGGGCAAAGAGAGUGCCAUAGCUCAAGUAGCUAGGACCAUCAUUGGGAAGACUUACGUCCUUUCAUUCGCAGUUGGAGACGCUAACAACGCUUGUAAAGGAUCAAUGGUGGUUGAGGCUUUUGCAGGAAGAGAUACCCUUAAGGUACCUUACGAGUCUCGUGGCACUGGAGGUUUUAAACGAGCUUCUAUCAGGUUUGUGGCGGUCUCGACAAGAACUAGAGUUAUGUUUUACAGCACUUUCUAUGCUAUGAGGAGUGAUGAUUUCUCGUCUUUGUGUGGGCCUGUGAUUGAUGAUGUUAAGCUUUUAAGUGUUCGUAAGCGGUAGAUUGAAUGAAAACUUGUUACAGGAAAUGAAGUGUGUGGGUUUUUAUUUUCAUAAUAUAUUUGUCUUUUGGUGUGUUCUUGAUUUUAUUCAAAAGAGAUGUAAAAGGUGAGGUUUAUUUAGGGUUUAUAUUGUAUUUUCUUGUAUGAGAAGGCACAUGAUGGUUGCCAUCUCCUUAUAUAUGUAUGUAGGCCCUUUAUAGAGAGUUGUCUACAAACUUACAAGAAUAAAAAGUCAGCAACAUUAAGUUGAUUG